AUGUCUACACGUCAACAGAGUGGUAACCCGAGUGAUCCUGAUUGUCAAGUUGCAGGUGGUGAUGGGGAGGAAAGGUUCAAAGAUGUAAAGAAAUCAGUAGAUGACCAUACUGACUUGAGUGAAAAAAUGUUAGAUCUCUACAAUAAUAAAGAGUUCAGUGAUGUGGUACUGCGAGUUGGAAAAUUUGAGUUUCCAGCUCACCGAAUGAUUCUCGUCAAUAGUAGCGAAUACUUCCAACGAAUGUUUGCCCAGAAUUGGAAAGAAAAAGACCAAAAAAUUGUAAAUCUUGAGGAAGAAGAAGGAUACCACAAAUUUUUUGAAGGAUUUCUGAAAUACAUCUACACCAACCAGUUAGAAAUUUCGUUGGAUUCUGUCCUUUGUUACCAUACAUUAGCGGACAAAUACAUGGUAACAUCACUGAAGUAUUCUUGCCUUGAGUUCAUGAUUGAUAAUUUUAAUGUGAAUCCUGAUAUCAAACGUGUUAUGGCAUGGAUGAAGUGUGCUGACAGGGAUGGGGGCCUGGAAUUUGAACUGCAGGAGAAGUUAAUGUUAUUCAUCGCAUGGAAUUUGAGACUGUUUGCAUUGUCCAACUACUGGUGUGAUUUUAAUAUUAGCCUGAUACUUGACCUACUUCGUAGUGAUGAUUUGGUAGUUCCUGAUGAAUUCACCCUCCACCAGUGGGCGAUCAGAUGGCUAAAAUUAACGGAACCUGAUGAAAAAAUGUUGGUUGUAAAGCUUAAAGAAAUGCUGCCACUGAUUCGGUUUCAGGUGAUGCCAGUGCAACAUUUGGAUGAGCUGUUGGACGAUGAUUUCGUGAAAAUACACUCUGAUCAUUACCUUUCUCAGCAUGUUGUACCCGCUUUUCGAUAUCAUACAAAAACUGAAUUUCUGAAUCUUGACCCUACUCCUCUUCGUAUUUAUACCGAUAAUCACAGUUUAUCCAAGACGAAAGUUAAACAAGGCUUUUGCAUAUCGUACUGUAGAACAAAUUAUCAAACAACGCCUUAUGAAUGCAACUCAAUCUGCAUAAAAAAUUUAGCACUGUGUGCAUCGCCGUCCAAUGCCGACAUUAAUGAGAAGAAUCAUUGGACUAUCACCUCUUCCACUCAGCACUGUCUCAACACGGUCUACUCUUCAAGUGAUUCGGAUACAAUUGAUGUCUGUGGUGAUAGACCCAGGUCUGCUAAACGCCGGCGAGUGGAAUCGAUGAGAGAUACUCGCUUAGAUAUCAUUAUGAAACAUAAGUUAAAACAAAAUGUUGAUGAAUCGCGAAACAUUCUUAUGAAUUUCCUUGUUCGUUGCAAGCAAGGAGGAGUUGUCUAUAUUAAGAAAGUUGCCACUCGACAAAUGAGGACCAACAAAGGAAAGGGAACUGUGCAAAUGUGGCGGCCAACCAGUUCAGAUCUUCUCAAGCAGAAAGACACAGAAUAUCUUAUCGAUGGGGCUUACAAGUUUAUGUUAGUGCUGUUACCUAAUGGCAGGGAGGUUGUUGAGUAA